UAAGUAAGGGUCGGAGUGCGACACCGAAUUGAGCAUAGAGACAUUCUCGGAUCGUUCGUGCAAAUCAGCCGGAAAAGCAGAAGUCCACAGCACAUCGAUGCUUCGAAGGUCAAUAACUCUCAUCAGGCCAUUGGCGAGCUCGAAGACCUCCGUCCCCCGACCAUUCUCGACCACAAAUCGUCUUCUGAAAGACGACAAGAAAAAAAACGAAGACGAGGAUGAGAUCGACAAUGAGCCCUAUGAGUACUCAACGUCGGAUGCGGCUAAGUGGAAGGCAGAAUACACUAAUCACCCCAAGACGGACGCUCCGGAUAUCCAAGGACCGAUCGUCGCGGUCUCGCUGAGCGUCUUCAUGUUAUACUUUGCUUUGAUCCGAGAAGAAAAUGACAUCGACGAAAGACUUUAUCAGCCUCUGGAGGUCACUCUCACUGGUCUUCAGAAGCCUGAGUGAUCCUGAAGAGCACACAUGUAUAGAUGAACAGCCCACUCGAUUCUCAAGUGAAUUCAAAGCGUAGAAUAAAGGAGUAAUGUUGAUUCAAGAGAAGAACU